AUGUCUCGGCGGAACUUCAACACGGUGAAGAGUUGACGACAAAGAGGCUGGAACACAUCUGCUGAAGAGUCAGGAAGCGAUGGUAUCUAAACAACUACACUGAAUUUUUUUACACACUUUUUAAUAAACUUGUUAGGAGUAAUCUUUUCCAUAAUGCCAAGGAACGAAAUACCUAGACAAGGUUCGCUGGCCAUGCCAGAGGUCACAAAUCCUUUUGUGCACGAACUUAAAUUAAGUUUACUGGAUAAAAUACAGGUUGCGGUCAUGUCAGUGACUAUCGCCCCCAUUCGUUUGCUUCUUGUGAUUAUUCUCCUACUGUUAGCCUGGCCAGUGGCAGCACUUGCUGUUGCUUUUAGGUCAGAGGAGGAUAAAUUAAAACCAAUUACAGGAUGGCGAUUAUUAUUGAGACCUGUUGUACUCUUCCUAUGCCGAGGUGUAUUUUUUGUUGGCGGACUGUAUUGGGUAAAAACCAAAGGAAAGCAGGUCUCAUCUAAGGAUGCACCCAUUUUGCUUUUGGCGCCACACUCAUCCUUCCUAGAUGCUUUGCCAACAGUUGUUCUUGGUCUCACAUCAGUGGUAGCUAAGGCUUCCACUGAAGAUAUUUUGUUGUUUGGAACUCUCACUGAGUUUUCGCAACCUGUCCUUGUUAAGCGUGAAGAUCCCAACUCUAGAAUCAACACAAUCAAAGAAAUCCAAAGGCGAGCUCAGUCAGGUGGCAAGUGGCCUCAGAUUAUCAUCUUCCCAGAGGGUACCUGCACCAACCGGUCUUGUCUCAUUUCUUUUAAACAAGGUGCCUUUUACCCCGGUGUUCCUGUACAGCCAGUUUGUGUAAAAUAUCCCAAUAAACUGGACACUGUCACCUGGACAUGGGAAGGACCUGGAGCCUUCCUUCAGCUUUGGUUGACUUUGUGCCAGUUUUACACUAGGAUAGAAAUAGAGUUCUUGCCUGUGUACGUCCCCAGUGAGGAAGAAAAGAAAGAUCCAAAACUAUUUGCAAAUAAUGUUAGAGAAGUUAUGGCCAGGGCUCUGAUGUGUCCCAUUACAGACCACACAUAUGAUGACUGCAGGCUAAUGACAGCAGCUGAUAAACUAAAGCUUCCUCUCAGCUCGGGUUUGGUAGAGUUUGAAAAGCUGCAUUCUAAGCUUGGGGUAACAAUCAAGGAUCUUCAAGAGAAUCUGCAAAAGUUUCGUGAUAUCAAAGUGAACAAAACAGAAAAGAAAAAAGCUGCUCAAAUUACUUACGAUGAGUUUAGUAACUAUUUAAUGCUGCCCAAAUCUGAAGCACUCCAUCAAGUAUUUAACCUGUAUGAUAGAGAUGGUUCUGGCACAAUUGACUUCAGAGAGUAUGUUAUAGGUUUGUCCCUUGUAUCAGCCCCAGCCAACAGUGAAGAAACCAUCCAACUCGCAUUUCAGCUGUUUGACACAGAUAACAAAGGGCAUAUUACCGAGCAAGAUUUGCAGCAAAUUCUCCAACGAGCUUUCAACGUUCCUUAUGCAGAUGUAAAGAAGAUUUUUGUUGAAGCAGAUCUAAAUCUUGAUGGCAAAAUAACACUUGAUGAAUUUAAAAACUAUGCACAAAAGAAACCUGAGUAUGCCAAGGUGUUUAUGACCUACCGUGAACUAAUAGAAGAUUCUCAGCAAACAGCCAUUGAGAAAGAUAAAUUUAGCAAUGGACAUGCAGCAGAUUUUAAGCAAUGGAGUUUAAAGGUGGAUGAAUCAUCUAAAAAAAUGCAGUGAAUGGUGUUUGUAAGAAAUAAGACUGUAUAUUUAUUUUUUACCUAUUAGCUUUUAAAAUUAGUUGCUUUGUAAAUUAAAAUUUUGGUUCUGUGUAGGCUUUUAUUUGAGUAGUCAAGGUGUUUUAUACAAACACAAAUUUUUAAUUUUAGUUUAAAUUAUAACAAAAACAUCAGAAAAUUUAUCCUAAUUGCUCUCAAACAGUUUGGCAUUAACAGUUUGAAAUUAAAAUAGUUUAUUAAUCAUACAUUUAAUUUUAAAAUAUUGGCAAAUUGUGUGCAAUAUUUGUAAUGCAUUUUGUACAAAAUAGUCUUGAUUGGUGGUAAUCUCGUGGUUUAUUUAGAGGGUUUUUAAACAUUACUACAGUAUAUUAUCUCCCAUGGAUUAAGCAAAAUUAAUUAUCCUUCAAAAUAUAAUUUGCAUUAGUACCUUUACUGUAUUUAUUUACCCUAAAAGCAUUCAAACUUUGAUGCUUUGUGUAAAACUGUUUAUUAAACAAUUACUUUCAAAAUAUAUUUUGAAAAUCCUAUAUUGUUCAGAUAUAAAGAGAUGUUUAAAUGAAAUUUGACUGUUUAUAGAUAAUGUAUCUUACAAAUCCAUUAUGUAGUUGUUUUUCAUUUUGUAGGAGACAACCUGGAGUAUGUUUAACCGCAUAGCACCUUUUGCAAGUAGUACUAGUAAUGACAUUUUGUUUAUCUUUAUGUUGAAUGCUGGUUAUUUAUAUUUGAGUGAGAUUAAGUUCCAUCUUUUUUGGUUCUGAGAUUUAUAUUUAAUCAAAGAUUAUGUUUGUGUUCAUUUUACUUUGUAUUAUUGUUCAAAGGUAUUUAGAAACCAUGAGCUGAGCCUACAAUGUAUGAAGACAAAAAAAAAAUUCGAGUUGAAUUGAUGUGAAAUUACAUUUACACCAUAACAAUUUUGAUAAAAAUAUAGGUAUUAAGUAAGCUUGCUAAGCCAUUUACACAAUAACCCAGACUAUGUUAAGGAAUCAUGCUAGUACCUAUAUUUCUAAUUUUUGUUAAGUUACCAGUAUAGGCCAUCACAAUCAAUAUUCACUGAACAGAAGUGAUCACAGUACAUUGUAAAUACAUUCAUACUCUGUAAAACAUUGUAAAGCUACACAAUAUAAGAUAAUAAAGCGUUUUGCUUAUAUAUUGAAAUUGCUACCAAAGGCGCUCAUCAUAUCAAUUUAUUUUGGUAAAAUUAUUUGUACCUUGGAAUUGUUAUGUUAGCUGGUCUGAAAUGAAGUGUAUGUGAAAUGUACACAUACAUUACAUGAUUAUGUUGGACUGAACUGGUGUCUUGCACCAAUGGGAUACAUUUAAAUCCAAUUUAUUUUGAUUUUAUUAACUAGUUAACAUUAUUUUACAGUAUUUUAGUUUUAUAAAAUUAUUUAUUAAAUUCGGGACUGUUGUUAGUUUAUAAAACUUCAAUAGCUUUACUUUUAAAAAUAUAUAUUCAAGGUAAUACAGAAAUGUUUGUGUGAUUGUUUUAGUAGCCACACUGUUUUAAAAGCAUCACUAUUUUUUAUAGCCAUGAUUGUAUAAUGUAAUGAUUCUCUGAGAUAAUAAUAGCCAAUGCCCCAAUACACUAGUGGAGUGGUGGUCUAGCUUUAAGUGCACGUCAUGUCAAACUCUAAAAGCUCAAGUUUGUUUCCCUGCUGGAGCAUGAGUCUGACACAAUUAGGGUAAAGCAAUGGCCAGGUUUUGACUUUUUUUGCAGUUAUAGAAUCCCAUGAGCUCCUGCUUAUCUGGCCCCUGAUGCAUAGGUCAAAAAGGGUAUUGGAGUAAAAUAUUUUACUAAAUAAAACUGGUCCUUGUAGUUCAAAACAUUAAAUAAACAUUUUGACAUAGCUUAAAAUUUAUAACAAAUGGCUUUUUAAACUCAUAUAAAUGUUUUAAUGUUUCUUAAUAACAGAAUAAAUUGUAGUGAGACUUAUUAUACCAUGCUUCAUUUCAGCGCAUGUUAAAAGGACCAGUGCCUCUGUUUGAUUUUAUUACUAUGCAUGUCCCAGGUAACUUUGAUCGGGCCUGUUGAUAGAUCAAGUGUGCAUAUUGGUGAAAUUUGGAUGCAUGACGUAAUUCUUAGUCUCUACUCCAACUGUCAAACCAAUACAUAAACUAUAAAUUGAAGUAAUUUUUAUAGAUUUUACAUUUUUUUAUCUCAUACUGAACUGAUUGGACAAAGUUUUAUCCUGCAUCCAUUUUUCAACCUGAUAAAUCCGGUGUUAUAUCCGUUUGGCUGAUGCAGUCAUAAGAUAAAUACUAUUCCCACUGUGUUAAAAAUCAGCUCCUUUUUAUUUCUCCCAUAAAAUGGUAUCCUGCUGUAUUUACAAUUUGUAUUUAUAACUGAAGAACAUUGAUAGUCAAUUUCAUGCAUAUUUCCCUUUUUAUUGUUAGUUAUGGUUUUUAUAUGUGGGGUUUAAAUUAAAUUAAUUGGUUAAUUUACUUUUCUUUUGUAAUGAAAUAAUUUUCUGGUGGUGAUCUGCCCUUGAACUGUAUAACGUCAUCCAGUACAUUUGGCAGUGUUGAGACUGGUGAUAUUUGUACAUGUCUUUUUUUAUUUACCUCCCGUAAAGAUUUAUACAUUUAUAUCAGUCCAUAGUAAAUAUCAAUUCAUCAUUAUUACAUUAUCACUUGAUUAUUUUGAAUAAAUAUCACAAUUUUCUACAAUUAUUAAUUUGGUAUAAUUCAACCUAAGAUUACAUUGUAAAACUUAAUAAACCAGCCAAAUUUGUGUCACAUCUACUAUGUGCUUGUGUUAGUGUUUAAUUUUCCAGCAUCACUAUGUGAUGGUUCAUAUCUACUUUUAUUUUGGUUACAUUACACACACUUGUUAGUAAGUGGCGAUUCCCUAUACAACAGUGUUAUGGAACUUGUGUACAAAAUUGAAUGUUGAAAUUAUCAGUUUUAUGCCUGGACAAUAACAACUCUUGUUGUAGGAAAGUUUAUAAAAAAUUCUAUUUGUGUGUUGCUCAAGAAAGUUUCACUAACUGUUGAAUGUGCCCUGUUUACAUGAAAAGAUUACUUGUAUUUUCUGUGCAGAUUCUUUUAAGCUUAACACACAAUUAAUGAAGUCACAUAUUUCUAUUAUAUAUUUUUCUAUUAGUGUAUCAGUUUUGUUUAAAGUAAUGCUAGUUAAGGUUUAUAUCUGAUUGGUUUUGAAUGGUUUAAUAGUUUACAAUGUAAGCAUUGACUUUUAAUUGGGUAAAAAUGAUAAUGCACUUAAUUUUAUUGGAAACAACACUUUUAUAACUGUUGGAUAUGAUUAUUUAUUUAUUCACUUUUUACAGCCGGGCUGCAUAAUUUACACAUGUGAAUGAAAUCUGCAUAAUUAGCUGAUUUAUUAAAAAGACCUGCAAUUCACAUGAUUAUAUGCAGUCAAUAACACUGUAGUACAGUUAUUGUCAAUUAUAAGUGGGUGUAGAGAACUUGUGAAAUCACAUUUGAAAAGUAAGUAAACAAAAUUACUUGAAUCAAAUCUUAAAGAUUUAUGUUGGUGUAAUGCUUUGACGCCUCUUAAAAAAUUUAAUUUUUUUAAAAUGUAUUUUUCUAAAGGUUCUUUAUCUAUUAAUUCAGUCUAUGUUUUGAAACCAUGUUAAAUAUAAUAAGCUAGCAUGAGUUUAUUAAUUAAUAUAGCCAGCAUCAACAAGGAACAUAAUUGUUUUGCUACUUGUAACAAAGUUUUCAAUGUUGAAGUUAUUGUUACAGCUUUUAAUGCCAGCAUUCUUUGUUUAAUUUUUACUCAUGUGAUUGAGCAUGUUGUGAGUGAGCCACAGAAGACUGAGUCCUAAGACCUGCCUGGUCUUAGAUCAAAUUUAAUGACGUCUUACUUGUAGCUCCUCAUAGCCUGCUCAUUUUUGUUUACCAACCUGCUUCUGUUUUAACAUUAUGGCGCUUGAAUAUACAAUUAUAAAAUAUAGUUAUUAUAAAACCUAUAUCUGUACAAUCAUAAGCUUAGUGCAAAGAAAAAACAACAACCCAGCACUGAGAUGAUUCUUAUCAAGCUGGAUUUAUAGAAUCUGUGCAUAUAUCUUAUCUUGUAUCACAUUAGACCCAUCAGCUCACAUUGGGCAGAUUUACAUCCUGAAAUUGUGUUUAGAUAUUUCACUAGAGACAAAAAAGAUAACCUGGGUGGAAAUGUUUUCUAUACCUAUACCUGUUGAUUCUGUUGUUACAUUUUACUGUAUCCAGUUGUUGAUAAGAAUUAAUAUACAAUGAUUUGCUGUGGAUCAUUUGCCAAUGGAUGUUAAAAUAUCUAUUUUUAUUCAAAGCUUUAUCCAAGCUUACCCUCCUUAGUUACUGCAGAGUACAAUAUUUUCUGAUAUAUAUGAUUUUAACCAGGCAGAUUGUUCAGUUGUGGUCAGAUAGCAUCAUUUUUACCAACAGUAAUAUUUGUGUCCAUAUGGAAAGGUCAGAUAGCAUCAUUUUUACCAACAGUAAUAUUUGUGUCCAUAUGGAAAGGUCAGAUAGCAUCAUGUUUACCAACAGUUAAAUUUUGUGUAUUACAGAAAAAAUUCAAGUUUACCUUUAUAAAAACAUGAUUUAAAUGUCAAGUGUAAAAAUUUGAAAAUGCAAAUAUAUUGUGAUAAUUGGUUUGCACUGUGGUGUAAAGUUACGAAUAAAUAAGGCUUGACCUUAAUGUUUAAUCACAGUUGUAAAAUAAGCCAACAACUGGCAGUAUUCAGAAAAAAGCAGGUAAAAUAAAGGCUGAUUUUGUAUCUUAGCUGCAUUACAUUAACCAUUUCUACACUUUAUACAGAUGAGCUGUCUGUGUUUAUGUUCAGUAGUAUAGUGCCGUUUUUAUUAAGAUUCCCUCCAAUUCAUUCACAUUGUCAGUUCAUUAAAUCAGUUCCAUGCAUCAUAGUUUAGUGUUUUUUUUAUUUAAAAAGCUGUAAAAAUAUACAUUUUAAUAUCUUUUUUUCUCUUCAUAAAUAUAAGCUGAUUUCUAUUAAAUGGUUUUAUUAGAAUAAUUUUCUUCUAAGUUCUUCCAAAAGUGGCCUUUCUGCCAACAUGAGUUAGAUUCCAUCUGCUUGCUGAUCACCUUAUUGUUUAUCUCUGCCAUGGUCGCUGUAAAAAAAAAAUAGCUUCCUAUGUUUACAUUAGCUAGAAUGUUGGUAGCUUUUUUUACAUUUGGAAAAAUUGGUGCUUAAUAGCUGAAGCCUUAAAUAUUGCCAAAAAAUAAUAGUUUUAUUACUAAUAUUACAAAAACCUCACACUAAUUUAACAAAAAAAAUAAUUCUUCUAUGAAUACUUUAGUUUAAAUGUAUUGCAUUUAACUAAUAAAGAAAAAUAUAAUUUUAAUAGCAAUAAAAUUGUCUUUUAAACUGUGAUGUAUAUUAUUGGCUGUUCCUGUUUUUAAAUAACUGUUCUCUAGUUACAAGCUGGCAUCAUAUAGCUCUAUUACUGAAUAUGUUUACAGCAUGUUUUUUUUUAAUUCAUCAUCUUUUUCCUUUAAAGCUUCCAUUACUGUGUGCUCAUUAAAAGUGUUGUAAUAGUCUUCGAAAAUUGUUAAUACACUUUUUUGUAGUUUUGUUUAUUAAUUUAGCAAACAUGUUGACCCAAACCUUCUCGUAGUCAAAACAU